AUGCUGGGCCUCUCUGUCAUCCCAGCCAUGAUCCAGUUCACGGGCUUUCUGUUUUUACCGGAGAGUCCUCGCUGGCUCAUCCAACGUGGCCUUACGCAAAAGGCUAGACGAGUGCUCAGUCAGAUCCGAGGGAACCAGAACAUUGACGAGGAAUACGACAGCAUCAAGAACAGCAUCGAGGAGGAGGAGAAGGACAGUGGAGGAGACACUGGUGAGGAUCUCCGGGUAAUUCACCUGGCCCAAAUGAAGCCCUGCUAUCCCACAGCAGAGGAGUGGGAAAGAGAGCAGCGACGCAAGCCAUGUAUAUACGCCCUGUCCCGUCAUAGCCUCACCUCAUUGGCCCAGUGCUCGCGCUGCGGGUGGAGCGGCCCUCUUCCGCAUUUUGAAAAUGACAGUCGCGCUCUGACUGAGAAGGAGGCAGGAGAGACUGAUCGCAUGUGCUCGAUAGAAGCAGAAUUCUGGAGGUCGUACAAUCCCUCCGUGUUCUAA